ACAUACGAAAAUAACUGAAUUUUGUACCUAUAAAACGAGGAACGCCUUAAAGCUUCACUGCUCCACAAAAAUCCCCUCUAGCAGCCAUUAACAUUUCUUUUUUCUCCUCCCUGAAAAUGUAUGCUUGCAAGUUGAUGUUUUUGUCACUUCUGUUGAGCAUCCUAGUGCUGGAUAGAGUUGCCGCUGCUCCGCCACCGCCUUGUAAGCGUCUCGAGUGUCCGACAUAUACUAUAAUCGACUCCGGGCCAGACGACUCUUACGAAAUCCGGAACUACACUGACAUUGUGCUCGUUACAACAUCACCAAACCAAAAUCUAGAUUUUGUCAAAGCCACAAAAACCCUCUUCAGACAGCUACUUGCAUACAUCCUAGGUAAAAAUGACAAGGGCGAAAGGAUAGCCAUGGCAGCUCCAGUGGUUACCCAAGUCUCACCAUCAGGAUCAGCACAAUCAUACGCUGUGAGCUUCUACAUUCCGAAGAAAAAUCAGGCUGAACCACCAGCAGCAGACGGCCUUACUAUCCAAAGAAUCCCAUCAACUUAUGCAGCUGUUAAGCAAUUUCCAGGAUUUGUAUCGGACGAUAAUGUCGUAGAGGCAACCAAUGAUUUGAUCAAAAGUCUUACCGGGACCAAAUACAUGGACGCCAUUAACAAAGCUCAUGGUGGUGAUCCAGCACAUAGUUACUUUGUUGGACAGUAUAACUCUCCCUUCGAACUUAUUGGCAGAACCAAUGAAAUUUGGUUGACCUUCCAAAUGUAAAUAUAUAUGACUCUAAUGUCACAAACAAAAGUAAUGGUAUGAAAAAAAAUUAAUAAAUUUAUGGUUUUAUUGCAUGUCAUAU